AUGGAAGGAGGAGGAAGGAGGAGGAAGAAGGAGGAAGGAGAUGGAGGAAGAAGGAGGAGGACAAAGAAGGAGGACGAAGAAGAAGGAAGAAGAAGGAAGAAGAAGGAGGAGGAAGGAGGACGAAGAAGAAAGAUGAAGGAGGAGGAGGAAGAAGGGAUGGAUGGCGAGAUGUGAUGGAAGAAGGAGGAAGGAGGAGGAAGAAGGAGGAAGAAGAUGGAGGAAGAAGGAGGAGGAGGAAGAAGGAGGAAGAAGAAGAAGGAAGAAGAAGAAGGAAGAAGGAGGAGGAAGAGGACGAAGAAGAAGGAUGAAGGAGGAGGAGGAAGAAGGGAUGGAUGGCGAGAUGGGAUGGUGGGAUGGAUGGCGAGAUGGGAUGGUGGGAUGGAUGGCGAGAUGGGAUGGUGGGACGGAUGGCGAGAUGGGAUGGUGGGAUGGAUGGCGAGAUGGGAUGGUGGGAUGGAUGGCGAGAUGGGAUGGUGGGAUGGAUGGCGAGAUGGGAUGGNGAUGGGAUGGUGGGAUGGAUGGCGAGAUGGGAUGGUGGGAUGGAUGGCGAGAUGGGAUGGUGGGAUGGAUGGCGAGAUGGGAUGGUGGGAUGGAUAGCGAGAUGGGAUGGUGGGAUGGGUGGAGAGAUGUGACGGAAGGAGGAAGAAGGAGGAGGAAGAAGGGGGAGGAAGAACAAGGAGGAAGAACGAGGAGGAAGAAGGGGGGGGGGAAGAAGAAGGAGGAAGAAGGAGGAGGAGGAAGAAGAGGGAAGAAGAAGGAGGAGGAAGAAGGAGGAAGAAGAAGAAGGAAGGAAGAAGAAGGAGGACGAAGAAGAAGGAGGGAGGAAGGAGGAGGACGAAGGGUGGAUGGCAAGAUGGGAUGGUGGGAUGGGUGGCGAGAUGGGAUGGUGGGAUGGAUGACGAGAUGCGAUGGAAGAGAAAGGAGGAGGAAGGAGGAGGAAGGAGGAGGAGGAAGAAGGAGGCAGAAGAAGGAGAAAGAAGGAGGAAGGAGGAAGAAGAAGGAGGAAGAAGAAGGACGAAGGAGGAGGAGGAAGAAGGGAUGGAUGGCGAGAUGGGAUGGAUGGAUGGCAAAAUGUGAUGGAAGAAGGAAGAAGAAGGAGGCAGAAGAAGGAGGAGGAAGGAGGAGGACGAUGAAGGAGUAAGAAGAAGAAUGAAGAAGAAGAAGAAGAAGAAGAAGAGAAGAGGAGUGGAGGAGGCGGAGGAGGACGACCGUUGUUUUUUUUUUUUUUCUGUUCGCCGUUCGCGACAACUGCCUAAGGUCGCCGAAGAUGUGCCCUGCCCCAAACAGCCAAAAGGCCGAAGAAGAUAAAGAUCGCCAUUAACU